AUGAGCCUCAACCAAGAACUUGACCAUGCCCUGCGGCCACUCAUCCAGUCGAUCGCUCUCCCCGUCGUUGCGUUCUUGACACUCUGGGCCUUGGGAGCUUUGACUAAGCAAUGGAUGUGCCGUCGGAGAAAACACUCGCAGUUGGUCAAGGCGGUCAUUUCUCGGGAAGAGAAAUUACACAUCGAGUCUCUGUACGACUUUGACUGGAAGGGCUCUGAGAGACGAAAACUGCGCCCGUUUAAGCCUACGUAUCACAUCACAAUGGCGAUCAAGGCCGAUACACCGUCGGAGCUCAUCACCAUCGAUCAAGACUAUCUGGACCGCAUCAACCUUCGACGGGAACUCAUCGCUCAGCAUGGUUCUACUGUCCAUGGCUGUAUCCCCGAGGGCGACGCAGCCGUGCGAGAAGUCUACACGUACCUCUUAUCUGAGUAUCUACCAACUCGCUUUCCCACAAUCUUCCAACUCUCCUCCGACAAGUCCGCGUGUAGAAAUGUUGUCACGGGAAUGUCUUUUCCAACCACGCCCAUGGCCAAUGCCGAGGUGGCCCUGCGCGCCCUGGGCGAGACAGUCGAGGAAGAUUUCUUUCUUCUUCAGAAAUUUCCCGAUGGUCAUAGAUCUGUCGCAUUCAUGUGCUGUUUCCCUUCGGGCUUUGACCCAUCUGCGAAGCUGGGGAAGACACUCCAGGAGAUCCAUGCACCAGUGCCGUCGUAUGACCGAAUUGGAGCUAGCAUGGAGAGAUUCUUUGGGAAGCUGGAGGUUGGCAAGGGAGUAAAGAGGACGAACUGGUCGGUUCAGACUCAUAUGGAGCUGUUUAACUCAAAGGGGAACCAUAUCACCGGAGACGACACGUACGAGGACGACCAAGAAGUGGACAUUGAAAAGACAUUUCUCCGCAUUGAGCUACAGACUCUCACUCGCCUCCCCAAUACGGGUGCCAUCCUCUUCUCAUUCAAGACGUACCUCUACCCCGUGCAUCAGAUUAAAGAGGAAGGCCUUGGGAACGCCUUUGCAGAUGCCAUCGAGGGCCUCGCCAAAGGGAAUGCACCAGGGAUGUGGAAGUACAAGAGUGCUGUGCGGUGGGGGAAGGGGGUGAUAGAUUAUCUACGAUCAUGA